CAGGUCGUCGUCGCGCAGCAGUGGAAACAACAGUGAAAACUUCAAAGUGCACACGACAAAGAACGCAAAUUCGUAAAUAUUGAAGUGCAAUUCGAUUGUUAAUAGUGAAGUUUGUGUGUUUCUUGCAAGUUUAAAUCUAAUUAACACCAGAAAACCUAUCGCGAGUUGAACAGCGCUUCAAAUGAACGCCGAGAGAAAAAUGUGAAACACCUACGUGAUUUGUACACAUUGUGACCGAAUAAAUAGGCCUCAUCCAUUUGCAAUCAAAAAAGAACACGAGAAUAAUUCGCUUAUCUUUUCGCUGGAAGGUGCUAUAAAUUACAAUUAGCACAAGCGGAACGAAAACGAAAAUGAGCUCCAAUCUAACGCAAACAGUGCUAACGGUGCUGAACGUUACCACCAUGAAGAAUACGACGUCGGAACCCGGUCUGGGAGUCGAAAUACCUGAUAAGCAGCACUACCCCAGCAAUUCGGAAAGUCUGAACUUUCUGUUCAUUCCGCUGGCCGUCCUCAUUACCGUGAUGCUCCUGUCCGUUAUGGUGUACUUGAUGGCCCGGAAGAAGCAUAAGAUCUUCAACAAGCAUGCGUACGUGCCCAGCUUCUCGUUCGAUUCGUCGGAUCUCGAAGACGACAAUGACCUGGAAACGGAGCACCUGCUGAAGGGUAAGCUUCGCCUAGAUGAACCCUAUUUCAAAGGAAUCAACAGCAGCAGAGCGUACACCAGUGGCAAUGAACUGUACGCUUGAACGACUGAAAUGGCGGCGAUGUGCAGC